AUGCGUUCUCCGUACUCAGCAGCCUCUAGCUCCUCAACUUCUCCAUCAUCGUCAGAAGUGUCGGGCGAACCUAGCUCGCCUAUAAUAAGAGCCGUGUCGCCAUUCGACUCGCACGACCCCCUUCGCCUCAGCCCGAUCUCUCCUGUCAAGCCAUACCACCACUCUCCUCGAAGAUCUCCUGCAUCCUUCCCCCCCGACACCGGCUCGAGUCGGCUCAAGCGUCGAGCCUCGCAAGGGUCCCUUAUCACCAAGCCCUCUCCAGUCUCCCGUUUCCUCUCGCGCAGCAACGCUUCUCUCCAUCUCCCAUCAUUUGAAGAACUAGGUCUCUCGUCGAAGGCCUCUCGCCCAGACUCGCAUUCCACUUCUCCGCAAUCCCGUCUCCGUCUUUCCACUGGUCCGACUGCCGCAGGUUCGCUGGCGACUCGAGCAUCGCAGUCUUCCUCGACGACUGGGUGGGAUUCGUCCGCCAAAAGUGACUACCUCUCCGCUCUUCCACCUACUCCCCCGGAUGACAACGACCAUAUUGCGUGGAACCCCACUGCCGAGAUGUUGCUGUUCGAAUCGCAUGUGACCCGAGAUCAUGGGCCCAUGGUCAUGGACGAGGGCCCCAAUAUCGGCAAUUCCCCAGCGCGGACUGACGGCCUUAGUAGCCCCUCCGACCAGCUGUCCAACGUGUCGCCGUCGAGCUCCGGUGGCAGCCCAGGUUCAUCAGGCGAGAUGGAUUGUGACCACAGCUCGUGGCUAGAGAACAGCAUCGAAGCCACAGUCUCAUCGCUUGCGCUUUCAAACUCUCGUGGCGAAGCCGUCAAGAUCGUCUCGCAGAUGCUUCCCUACCCUCGUCCAGGCGACAAGGCCGCGACGAUAUCCUCCAACGACAGUGUCUAUUGUUCGUUAGUACAAGCGGUCCAAAAUCGACUUCGCCAUGGACAGUCGCCCUACAUCAACAUUACUCACGCGGUCCCCGAACAAUUCAGCCUCUGCAACCUACCGUCCUCUCCCCCGCAUAGUCCUCGCCCUCUCUUUCCCAACAACGACUACUUCAACCCGACCGUCUUCUCCAGCGCCGCUGUCGUGUCGGCCUAUCACGAUUUCCGCGGUCCCAUCCAAACCAGAGCCUCGCACUCGCCUAUGCCGGUCGUGCCGCCCCAUACCGUCCACCUCUCGAUCCUGGAGCGCUAUCUUCCUCCCUCGUCGGCCCAGGAAUACAAGGAUCUCUUCUCGCCAUAUCGCCCGUCGUUCUUGGUUGACCGACUGUCCGAGCUGUCUCCUGAUGGGGGCUCCCUACUCUUUGUUUACCCUACUCGCAGGGGCGGAUCGACCUUCAAGUCUCAGUAUUUGGGGCCUAUCCUGGACCCCUUGCUUCGCCAACUCGUGGUCGUGAAUGAGCUCUCCACGGAUAUCGGCCGUUAUCUGGGCAAGCUCUCUUCCGUUUCGCACAUGGAUGACUUCGACACGAUGCGAGAAAAUAUUUCCCAGCUCUGUGGCUCUUUGAGCUCUUCCUCUUCCCAAUUUCACAUCGUGGACGCUCGUAAAGGCAGCGCCCACCUUGAUCGGGAACUUUGGACCGAAUGGUUCAUUCACCAGGAGAAAGCUCGCAUGAAAGAGGUGCUGAGCGUGUAUUGGCAGAACGGCCGGCGCCUCCCAGCGACCAAGGCUGUUUCCAAUGUGUCUUCCACGAACUACAUUUUGGAAGACAAGGAGGUGACGUCGGCCAUGCUCUUGGGUGAGAUCUUGGAUGGAAUCCGACGACGGCCCUACGGCGAGGAUUCUGACCCUCACGACGGUGUCGAGUUGGGCGUUUUCGUCAUCCGCCGAUCGCACUCUUAA